CAGGGGCUAGAGCGGCAGAGCCGCAAGUGGCGGCUGGCCAGCUGAGCGGCGCGGAAGAGACGCCAGCACGCUUCCGGCGGGCGUGGGCGGGGCUUCGGGCUCCUUCCCGGGAUAUCUGCGGACGCAUGGCAGGAUUAUCUGAGCGGCAGAGUUCAUCCAGUGCUUGGACUGGCCCUGGACAGCAAGCAUAUGUAAUAGCGGAUGUGAAUCUGAGAAACCCAGUUGCAAACCCUCUUGGGAGCACAACGCCCAGAAAACCUGUCUUAUCUGUCAGUGCAAGAAAAAUUAAGGACAAUGCAGCUGAUUGGCAUAAUUUAAUCUUGAAAUGGGAAGCCCUCAACGACACAGGUUUUGCUACUGCAAAUAAUAUUGCCAACCUGAAAACCAGGUUAUGGAGCGAAGAUGGGACUGAGUUACAGAGCAGCCCGGCUUCCGGGGAAGAUGUGCACAAGACGCUUCCGGAAUACAGCAAGGAGCUAGAGACGCUGUGUGAGGAGCUGCAGACCACCUUCGAUGCUUUGGCCAAAAUACAGAUGAAAAUGGAAAAGCUGUCCUCGACCACCAAGGGGGUUUGUGAGCUGGAGAACUACCAUUGUGGGGACGGGAGGCAUCGGCCCCCCCUGUUUCACACGUGGCCCACAGCCCAUUUCUAUGAGGUUUCCCGCAAGCUGUCUGACAUGUACCAGAAGGAGCUUCUUCUGAAACGCACGGUCAUUGAAGAGCUAGCGCACACCACAGACCACGACCUCACCCUGAGCUACUUGUCAAUGUGGCUGCACCAACCCUACGUGGAGACCAACAGCAAGCUGCUUCUGGAAAGCAUGCUGCUCGAAACAGGGCACCGGGCCCUGUGACCUCCCAGCACAGCCUCAGAGUCUGAGCCUCCAGGCUCCCGACCACUGGCUGCUUCUGUGGCGCCCAUGGUGGACAGUCUUUCACGUACGACCCAGUGCUGUGGUGGGGCCACCCUCCGACCUUAGUGUCCGCCAGACUGGAUCACUUCAGCGGCAACCUGUGGCCUCUCCAGACACCACGCUGCCACACAGCGUCAUCUGCACCUAUUGUGAACCUGUCACCCAAGGGGACUUCUACAUGAAAUAAAGGAGUUCCUCACCAGAA